AAAAUAAAAAACAGAAAGCGCAACCAAACAGGUUCGAACCCAGUUGCAAAAAGAAAGAAAAACCUUCAAGACGCUUGGUCUAGACAGCUCGAAGUCAACGAUGGGCGAAAUGGGAUUCGAUCGCAGGCAUGAAACUACACUUUCUCAUCCUGCUCCAAUCGCGCGUAUCUCGAUUGGACAAUAUGUCAUUAUAUCUCAGAAUACUACAAGUCGAGAAAAGGAGCACGAAACACCGCGAAAAGACACGCAAACGGUGAGAACAAGCUCACUCGUUUCGUGUUAUCGCCUGUCCUGUCGCUGCAUUGGCCCCUUUUGCCCCGCUCGCUGCUUUGAAUGAUACUAGAAUGAGCGGUCGUCCUAACGCCAUAUUGUAUUCUGGUGUGUGGGGCGCGGUUUCUGCCAUUUUGAAGCGAACAUUCGCGAAAAAUGAAGCCGGCCGCAGGCGUUCUUCGAACACUAUGUUUCCGUGCUGCCGGUAUCAGGCUCGCGGAAGUGACACCCAUCGCGACAAACAACGCAACAACCGAUCAACGCUCGUUUUUCGGCGCACAUCGCACGCUUGACGUCAGCGCUCACUUCGAGGACCGAGUGCCGCAAGACUGCCGGCAGUACAAAAAGCUUCAUCAUCAAAUCCACAACCUGCCGCUGUCAGGAGUCUGCCCUUGUCUGAACUGCACCAAGUUCGCCAUCAAGCAAUGGUCUUUCGGCAACGGCAAUUUCGAGAAACUUUCGCCGUCAAGUUUCUACAGACACGCGACUCAAUGCUCGUAUGCAACCGUUGCUGAUGUCAUCCAGGCGUAUCCCGAAAUGCGACAACGCUUUGAGACGCACUUUCGAGAGGAGCAAACUGUUCCAAUGGCGGUGGAUUCUACUCCCCCUACUCCGCCACUGCACACGUCUGAGCCAGCUGCCAUGGCAGUGGAUGACCAUGGUGACGACUACGAUGAUGGCUUCGGCGAUGUCCACGUCGCUGACCACGGUGACGCUCCUCAAGCUCCUCUGGGAGCUGAUGACGACGAAUACGAAAGCGACUUCGAAUUGGACGUCGAAGCGACUGACGAAGCGGACGAUACCCCGAACAAUGCCACAGUCAAUGACCCGAGCGAGACGUCAGAGGAGGCGACUGCAGCACCAGGAGCGGCCGAACCAGGAGCGGCCAAAAACAAAGGACCGACACCUAGAGCGACUCGCACAGCUGCUGCGUAUCUGCAGCUUCUCCAAUUCCUCAAUGACAUCAAAAUCAAAGGCAAGGUCACGAAAGACAUCUUCACUCAACUUCUCACGGGUAUCCACAACGUACAAAUGUCGACCCAAUUGCGUCUGCGGGCGCGUUCUUAG